AUGGAACCCAAUCACCAAGCAAUCCCAACACACUCGGAGGACUCGAAGGAUGAGAUCAGCUUGGAGAACCGCAAAUAUUUCCAUAUCAAUGAUUUGCCUGUAGAACUCUUGCGGGAAAUAUUCGUUACCUUGAAAGCCGACUGGAAUGGGCACUAUUCUUCUGAUGGCUGCACCGUGGCUCAUGUGAUAACAAAGACUUGCCACUUCUGGCGCUUCGUGGCACUGAGCGAACCUCGACUAUGGGCAACAUCCAUCAUUAGAUCCGAAGGUGGGAGUGAAGAAGGGAGGUUGCAGCGGUUUUCAGAGUGCUUGAAGAGAUCCAAAGAUGUGCACCUGGAACUAAUGGUGAACUUCACGGGCGGCAAGAGAUGUCCCAGUCCGGAGUUUCGCAGACGUGUCAAGGAGAUCGCAACACCCCAUCUUAAUCGUUGCACCUCCUUGUACAUCAUCGAUUACGACUUUCGCCUUCCAAACGACUGGAUCCCACUUCCCAACGAACUGAAAUCGCUGAGGGAUGCAGCGAUAGCUUUGGAUCCUGCGCUCCACUGGUCCCCACAGCCUCCUCACCAAAACCUGGAUUUGGGCUUACCAAAGCACUUUCGCUAUCUCAAACUUUAUGCCCCGAGUCGAUACCUUCCAGCAUUCACUUUGAAUUCCGUGAUGGAACAUCUAUCGGUGUCGUUGAACGAAAAGAAUAUCACCAAUCUCCUACGCGAUGUUGAGCCUUUGAAGACUCUGGAAUUAGAGCCUGUGACUUCCCAAAACCUGGACAUUUUACCUUAUUCAUUUCCCCAGCUUGAGAAUCUCAUCCUCCGUGGUGGGAGGGUUUCCUUUCCCAUCGUGGCCCCGCGUCUCAAACACCUAUAUUGCCUCUCUUCACUCGAUAACACAAUAAAGAAGGAUAUUCUGAAGGGCCUCGUCUCCUUAGAGGUUAGAGCAUCUAACCUACCGCGGGAUUACCUUGUUCACUGUCACGCGCUGGAAUGCCUAGGAGUUUACGUCACAGUGGACGAGAGUAUUAGGAUGCUGGAAUCCCUACUUUCAAUUGCGAAACCGCCAGGUCCAGAUCUCCCACAUCUCUCGGCAUAUCACUGCCCCAAUCUCCAGAGAAUAAUGUUCUCGAUCUAUCUAAGACCUGAUCCUCAAGCAGUUGAACGCAUUUCUAAUUGCAUCGUUGAACUGCUUGCCCUCCGACCGCGUCUCUCAAUGGUUGAAAUCAGGAUCCGCAUAGAAAUGCAGGACGCGUUGGAUCUAUCUCCCCUUACUAUGGAUCUUCCGGAAGCAUUCCCAGCCAGAGUGGUUGUUUGGGGCCCUGAUACAACAUUUCGCCGCUUCGGCCCGCCAAUCUUUUUAAACCACAUGAAUGGAUAUCCCCACACCCUUCUGGUUCAGCGUUGA